CGGCGCGGAGGGGCCCGGCGGGGCGGGGCGGCGGCGCCUUCACACCCACCCACCCCCCUACGGUGACCGGGAAGGGCCCGUCGCACCCCCCCGGGCCGCGGGUGGACGGGGCGAGGGGCUCCCGAGCUGGCUUCCCCGGAGUCGGGCCUACCGGGACAGAGGGGCGGCCGGGAAAGGUGGUCUCCGUCGCCGGAGCGGGGGAGGCCGGCCGCGAACCGGCGAGCCGAGUUGCGGAGGUGUCCCUGAAACAUGGCGGACAAAUGGACUGGAGGACAUUCGUCCUCUAUACUGUGCUUGAACGCAAACACAGAAGGGCUGGUGGCUUCAGGCGCGGAGCGAGGCGAGCUCACGCUGUGGGAUGGGGGAAGCACUCCAGCAGGACAGCUGCAGCUCCCCAAGGCGGACGACGUGACCUCCGUGGUGUUCUCUGCCCGCCAUCCCACCAGGCUGUACACCUCCCACGGAGAAACUAUCAGUUUGCUGGAUGUCCGAUCCCUCAAGGAGCCCAUUGAACGCUUCCACGUGAAUGAGGAGGAGAUCAACUGCCUCUCAGUGAACGAGACCGAGAGUUUCUUGGCUGCGGCAGAUGACUCGGGGGCAAUAAAGAUCAUGGACUUGGAAAACAAGAAAGUCAGCCGGUCCUUGAGACACUCAAACAUCUGCUCCUCUGUUGUCUUUCGACCUCAGAGGCCUCAAAGCCUUGUUUCCUGUGGACUGGACAUGCAGGUUAUGCUGUGGAACCUGCAGAAAGCUCGCCCCUUGUGGACCACAAAUCUGCAGGAGUGUGACACGGAGGAAGACAGUCCACAGUCAGCUGGCCAGUUCUUUAACCCGCCGCUAGCACAUUCCCUGUCUGUCGCAUCGUGCGGCAACAUCUUUGGCUGCGGAGCUCAAGACGGCAAAGUCAGAAUAUUCAGGGUCACCGGUGUCAAGUUCGAACGUGAGCUGGAGUUUCAAGGUCACAGUUUGGGAGUAUCGCAGGUCCUCUUUAUGCCAGAAGCGUACUGGUUGUUGACUGGAGGAAAUGACGGGAAAGUCUUGCUCUGGGAUGUCAGCAGUGAGGUUGGAAAGCAGCAGAAAAGUCCAGCAAAAUCUCUGCAGAGAAAGAAGGCCCAAGCACCCGCUUCCACCAAAAAAGAUGGAAAGCUCAACAAAGUGGCUUCAAAUGAACAUGCUAGAGUUUUACCAAAGCUAACCAUUGAGCACGGAGAGAAGGUGAACUGGAUCUCAUGCGCAGAGAUCAAAGGCUCCAAGAGAGUAUUAGUUGCUGAUCAGAGCAGUUCUGUAUCUGUGUAUCCGUUGCCAGAACCUUAGAAGCUGAGACGUCUAAAGAAAUUUGUGGGGGAAAACCACUUCUUGGAGAGUUUGAAAUGAGCCCAGUUACAUCCGCUGACAGUGAGCUGAACAGUGAAACCUGCCGCGUCCUUCGGAAGGGGAUUUGCUGUGCACUCACACAGUACUCACCAUGUAACUGGCCUCGCGCUGUUUUUCAGCGGCUGUUGGUAUUCACUGCAGCUGUUUCUUGCAGGGUUGGCAGUUUGCUUCUUGAAUUUAAGUGAAACGGGUUUCAAUAUAUUUAGGGGUAAUACUACUUCAUGACUGAGCUGACCUAAAGUUAGAGGAAGAAAUUCACGCACCCACAAUGCUAAACGAGGAUGCCGAGCAGUGACAGAGAUGUCACUGGCUGAGCUCCUUGCAUUUUGAACUAUUGCAGUGCUUUACCGUACUCUCCCCACUAAACUGAGUCACAGUUAGCUUAAAUUGGCCGUAGUGGAAAUAUAUUUUUAAUUGGUUUGUCGGGAGCUGCAUAUAAGACUAGAGAAGCAUCAACUAAUGAGUAAUCAAAUUAGUGUGUCAUCGCCAAGUGGAUUUUUUCGCACUGCAGUAAAAGAAGGAGCAGGGGACAAUGUUAACAUCUGUUUGAUGGGUCAGCUGUCUUAUGCAUUUAGUUGUUUAUCCCAGGGGAAAAAAAAAAAGCUAUUAACACUUGUCUUAAUAAAUGCUUUCUCUCUCAUGGCUUCCUUGUGCUUCCACUCAGUCUAAUAUUGCCAAACACACAAAGUUGUCUCGAGAAGGGUAUUGUAAGCCCCAUCACAGGGGGAACACAAAGGGCCAAAGGCACGGCGCCUCCUUACUCAAAUACUUCCACUGCUGUCUUCCCAAAGCUUUAGAAACACAACGAGCAGAAUUUGGCUUGCUGGAAACAUCUCUUAAUUUGCAAAUUGAAGAUGGGGAGAAUGUGGGAAU